AACUGCUGCAGGCAGACAGACCUCGGAGCAAUUUUUAAGAGGCUGGAAGGAGACAUAAGGGAUUUCAGCUGCUACAUUCCAAGACCUGGGUCUACCUUGGAGACAGGACAGCACAGAGUCAGUGUCCAGGAAGGGCCUUCUGGGUCAUGGGGCCUGAGACACCCCCACAGCUCGCUGGGAAAUGGCAAGUGCUGUGCAUGUUGUCCUUGUGCUGCUGGGGCUGGGUGUCCGGGCAGCUUCGUUACUCAGUGGUGGAGGAGUCUGAGCCGGGGACGCUGGUGGGGAAUGUUGCUCAGGAUCUAGGCUUCAAGGUGACAGAUCUGUUGAGCCGCCGACUGCGGUUGGGGUCUGAGGAGAAUGGACACUAUUUUUCGCUGAGCUUGGUGAGUGGUGCUCUGGCAGUGAAUCAAAAGAUUGACCGAGAGAGCCUGUGUGGAGCCACUACGAGCUGCCUGCUGCCUGUGCAGGUGGUGACUGAACACCCCUUGGAACUGAUGCGCGUAGAGGUAGAGAUCCUGGAUCUCAAUGACAACUCUCCUAGCUUUGCCACCUCGGAGCGAGAGAUACGCAUCUCAGAAUCGGCUGCACUUGGGGCACGAUUCCCUCUGGAUAGUGCCCAGGAUCCGGAUGUGGGCACCAAUACCGUGAGCUUCUACACUCUAAGCCCCAGCAGCCGCUUCUCUCUGAAUGUGAAGACACUAAAAGAUGGGAAGCUGUUCCCAGAGCUGGUGCUAGAUCGGCAGCUGGACCGUGAAGCCCAGGCAAGACAUCACCUGGUGCUCACUGCCGUGGACGGGGGCAUCCCAGCCCGCUCAGGGACUACCCUCAUCUCCGUCACAGUGCUGGAUGUCAAUGAUAACGCCCCCACCUUCCAGGCCUCAGUUCUUCGUGUGGGGCUCCCAGAGAACACACCCGUGGGUACACCGCUACUCCGCCUCAAUGCCACUGAUCCAGACGAGGGCACCAAUGGCCAGCUAGACUAUUCUUUCGGAGACCAUACAUCUGAGGUAGUGCGUAAUCUCUUUGGCCUAGACCCUAGCAGUGGAGCAAUCCACGUGUUGGGUCCCAUAGACUUUGAGGAGUCAGGUUUCUAUGAAAUUCAUGUGAGAGCCCGUGACCAGGGACAGCCAGCCAUGGAAGGCCACUGUAUGAUUCAGGUGGAUGUGGGAGAUGCCAAUGACAAUGCCCCAGAGGUACUACUGGCCUCUUUGGUCAACCCUAUCCUGGAGAGCACACCGGUGGGCACAGUAGUGGGCUUGUUUAAUGUGCGGGACCGAGACUCAGGGAGAAAUGGUGAGGUGAGCCUUGAGAUCUCCCCGGACCUGCCAUUUCAGAUUAAGCCUUCUGAGAACCACUACUCUCUGCUAACCAGCCAGCCUUUGGACCGGGAGACCACCUCCCACUAUAUCAUUGAACUGUUGGCCAGUGAUGCGGGCUCACCUCCCCUGCACACACAUCUCACCAUCAGGCUCAACAUUUCGGAUGUUAACGACAACGCACCCUACUUUAGUCAGCAGCUCUAUACUGCUUACAUCCCAGAAAACCGGCCUCCAGGUUCCCUUCUCUGCAUUGUGGCUGCCUCGGAUCCAGAUACCGGGGAUAAUGCUCACCUCACCUACUCCAUUGUGGGGAAUCAGAUUCAGGGAGCCCCAGCUUCCUCCUUUGUAUACGUCAACCCUGAGGACGGGCGAGUCUUUGCCCAACGCACCUUUGACUACGAAUUGCUGCAAAUGCUGCAGAUCAUGGUGGGGGUUCAAGACUCUGGCUCUCCCCCACUGCAUUCUAACACCUCUCUGCAUGUGUUUGUCCUGGACCAGAAUGAUAAUGCGCCAACUGUGUUGCACCCAAGACCUGGCUGGGAACUCUCAGUCCCCCAGCGUCUCCCUCGCUCUGCUCCUCCCGGCUCCUUGGUCACCAAAGUGACAGCUGUGGAUGCUGAUGCAGGCCACAAUGCAUGGCUCUCCUAUUCACUGUUGCCACAGUCUACGGCUCCAGGACUGUUCCUGGUGUCUGCACAUACUGGCGAGGUGCGCACGGCCCGGGCCUUACGGGAGGAUGACUCUGACACCCAGCAGGUUGUGGUCCUGGUGAGGGACAACGGUGACCCUUCCCUCUCCUCUACAGCCACGGUGCUGCUGGUUCUGGAGGACGAGGAUCCCGAGGAAAUGCCCAAGUCCAAUGAUUUCCUCUCACACCCUCCUGAGCGUUCAGACCUUACCCUUUACCUCAUUGUGGCUCUUGCAGCCAUCAGUCUCUUAUCCUUAGUCACCUUCACCUUUCUGUCAGCUAAGUGCCUUCGGGGGCACACAGCUGCAGAUGGGGGUGGGAGCCAAUGCUGCAGGCCCCAGGACUCCCCCUCUCGGGACUUCUAUAAGCAGUCUAGUCCCAACCUGCAGCUGAGCUCAGACGGCACGCUCAAGUACAUGGAGGUGACGCUGCGGCCCUCGGACCCGCAGAGCCACUGCUACAGGACGUGCUUCUCACCAGCCUCGGAUGGCAGUGACUUCACUUUUCUCAGGCCCCUCAGUGUCCAGCAGCCCUCAGCUCUGGCGCUGGAGCCUGAUGCCUACCGGUCCCGCUCCAAUACGCUGCGGGAGCGGAGCCAGCAAGCCCCGCCCAACACGGACUGGCGAUUCUCUCAGACCCAGAGACCCGGCACCAGCGGCUCCCAGAAUGGCGAUGAGACCGGCACGUGGCCCAACAACCAGUUUGACACAGAGAUGCUGCAGGCCAUGAUCCUGGCCUCUGCCAGUGAAGCUGCUGAUGGGAGCUCCACCCUGGGAGGGGGCGCCGGCACCAUGGGCCUAAGUGCCCGCUACGGGCCUCAGUUUACCCUGCAGCACGUGCCCGACUACCGCCAGAACGUCUACAUCCCGGGCAGCAAUGCCACGCUGACCAGCGCGGCCGGCAAGCGAGACGGCAAGGCCCCUGCAGGUGGCAAUGGCAACAAGAAGAAGUCAGGCAAAAAGGAGAAGAAGUAACGUGGAGGCCGGGCCCAGAGCCACGGGGCAGCUUCCCUCCCCGACCAGCCCAGUCUCUCCUUACCUGUACCCAGGCCUCGGAUUUUCAGGGCUCACCCCCAAGAUACUGGUAGGGAUCCAGGCCAUGCUCCCCUUGGGAAACAGAAACAAGUGCCCAGUCAACACCCCCCUGUCUGCCCCCAAGGGAUUGAAUAUGCAAAGGGAGUUCUGCUGGGAACCCCCGUCCAAUCAAUUGCUGUGCCCAUGGGGGUAGUGGGGUUCGUGCGGACACCAUUUAUCACACCCCCUUUAGUUACAGCUGAACUCUGCCAUCUUCCAAAUUUGAUCAGGCCCAUCUACCAUCCCCUGCCUCCCUCCUGCUCACCCCACCCCACCCCCCUCAGCGGCCCCUCUUUCUCAAGGAAGGUGGUUGGGGUGUUGAGGUGCCUGGUGUCCUAAAAAGGCUCAUAGUUCUGAAGAGUUGGAAGGGCAUAAUAACCUGUAGGCCUCUCCAAUUCUCCAACUUCCCCCAAAGCAUGGUUUGGUGCCAGUCCUUUCAUCUCCUUCCAGAGCCCAAGACCAAGUUCAAGUUUUGGGAGACAUGGUGACGAUUCCCAUGGUACUGAUGCUUGCUGGAUUUAGGGAGGGCACUUUGCUACCAUGCCUCUUCCCAAAGCCCUCGGGACCAGUCUUUUGUUCUGUUUUUCAUUGUUUGAUGUUCCCACUGCAUGCUGUGACUUCCCCUGCCCCCAAAAGAGAGACUCCGUUGCAUGUUCUAAGACAGUAUGGGGUGGCAAGAUAAAGAAGGGAAGGGUGUGGGUGUGGAUGUGGGGGAUGGACAAAGCUUGACUUACCGGUUAUCAGGGUCUUGUAGAAGGCUCUGUAUGUCCCCAGGGUACUGGCCAGAUCCCCAGUUCCAGCCAUAAACCAAGUACCAGGCUGGACCCUUGUUUACCACACAAAGGCGGUAAACUUUGGGCUGAGCUUUUAGCAUCAGUGGAUUUCAGCUGGCAUUACAGUCAAAGGAAGGUUUGAGGAUGUUUAGGACCAGGCCCCCUGGAGAGGUCAGAGGGCCCUCUGUGGGUGCUGGGUACUCCAGAGGUGCCACUGGUAGAAGAAGCAGUGUGGCCCCAGCAGCAAGGGAGGGUCAGCUGGGCCAUUCUUGGUCCUUAGGUUGGGGAGGCAUGGAGCUAGAGCUGGGACCAAGUGGACAGGAAGUCUCAGCCCCGGAUCAGGGCUCCUGCACAGGGCCCCCACACUCCCCAAGCCUCUGGUUCCUUCAUUUUGCCAGGUGCCAUUUCUUCUCUGUGAAGGCCACUGCCCAGCGCCCCCCCCCCCCAGUCUGCCCCCUAGUGGCCAGAGCCUGGUUAAAGUCCCCCAGUGCCUCCUUGUGCAUAGACCUUUCUCGGCCCACCCCCAUCGGCCCCCGCCCCAGUCCCGCCAGAGCCCCACCCCAGCCCAACGGUAGUGUAGAGCCCCCUCCCUCUUCCGGCUGGUGUAGAAUAGCCAAUAGUGUAGUGCGGUGUGCUUUUGCGUGGGGGCGGGUGGGCGGAGGGCUCCGCGCAGCCGUCCGUCCUUGAAUCCGCCUGCGGCGGCCCGUGCUGUGUUUUGUGCUGUGUCCUCGCGCUGCGGCGACCCCCUCCCCGGUACUGACUCCUAGAAGUGCUUCUCUUCGCAUAGUCACGUAGCUUUCCCACCCACUCCCCUUCCUGUGUCUCACGCAAGUUUUAUACUCUAAUAUUUAUAUGGCUUUUUUUCUUUGAAAAAAACAAUUAAAAGGUUUCUUCUGAAA